AUUACGAGUCUAUCGUCCGCAGACAUCCUACCUGAUACUUACUGGCCUAAUAAACACAUCAGUGAAUCAAAACGGCGCCGUUUCUUUAGUCCUCUUCAUUUGUGAAUACUUUGCCCUCGAAAUUGCAAUCAUGUCGUACGACCAGUUAUCUUCGCUCGAAGCCGGCCGAUCGGGUCGUCAAGGCGGAUACACCGAUGAUCCCGAGUUCAAGCAGCUUCAGUCCCAGUUGACCAACAAGAUCUUCAACCUGCGGCGCAACAUCCAGCAGCUGACUACUGAUGUUAACAUUCUCGGAACGAAGCGCGAUACUCCCCGUGUCAGAGAACGAGUUCACGACCACCUCGAGAAGACCCGCGACCUGUGCAAGGAGAUUGGAGAUGGCGUCAAGAAGCUCCAGACGUGGGACGAUCUGACGAAGCAACAAAAGUACGACCAGUCCAGAAUCUCAACCGACUUCCAGAACGUCCUGCAAGAGUUCCAGGACAUCCAGCGCAAAGCACUCGAGAAACAACGAGCGUCCGUCACAGCUGCGCGCGCAGCGACCGAAGGCGAGGGAGCUGAUGCGGCGGCUGGAUCCGAGGAGCGUCUCGAGCUUCAGCAGCAGCAGGAGGUCAGCCGCCUGGCAUCACAGGACGAAGUGGACUUCCAGGAAGCGCUCAUUGUCGAGCGUGAAGAGGAGAUCCGAAAUAUUGAGCAGGGUGUCGGCGAUCUCAAUGUAUUGUUCAGGCAGGUGGCUCAGAUCGUGACCGAGCAAGGCGAGCAGCUUACUUCCAUCGCGGAUAACGUGGAAGAUGUGCGGGACGAUACCCGGGGCGCUCAGAUAGAGCUCCGCCAAGCGGCGAGACACCAGAAGGCGGCUCGCAACAAGGGGUGUUGUCUGAUGCUCAUCCUGGCAGUCAUCCUCACCAUUAUCAUUCUCGCAAUUGUAUUGGACUAGCACGGCAUGGGAGGUAUUGGGGGUUUCUUUAUUUGAUUGCUGUUUCUACAAUGGCGUUUUGGUGGCGUUUCGCGAAUAUUGUACAUCAGGCGCCCAAGUACAGCUAAGGAUACAAUCUGGGACAGCGUGUCUUCUUUCUCUAUCAUUGCCAUGGCUUGUCUCCCCAAGACUACACGCCUCGCAAGUGCAAGCGCUCGUAAUGAGGGCUUGGCUUCCAAGGGUCGUGUUUGCCGCGUACUUUAUCCAUAAUCUUGACAGAGAUCUGGGAGAAGAUCAUUGAAGAAAUCCAGUAGACAAAUAUGCCUGCUGGCAAGUUGACACAAAGUGCGGGAAUCAAGAUUGCCGUGAGAAGUAGACCUCUUUGGAGGCGAAUUCGCCAUCUCAGACCCGGAGGCACAUUCUGCUCAGCCGUUGAAAGGUUGAAUACAUACUUCCUCAUUUCGCCUUUAGGCAUCGUUAACCAGCCCAGAGUGCCCAUCAGCAUCGCAGGCAACAAUAUUGUUGGAUCGGCUACCGUGAGGUCGGUAAACCAUAGCACGCCACCAUUUGCCAUGCCUUCCGCAACAUAGCUUAGUGAAUCCAGGUUGCUAGAUACAGCAUCGGCAGACGAAGAAGCUGCUGUUGAUGCUUGUUCCGACACGGAAGUCGAGGCGACGCCGGCUGAAGCCUCCUGAUUCUUGUAGUUGCCAGUGAGCAAGGAUAGGAUUCCGCUGUUUGCACCACAAAGACGCCUCAGAGAUUCAGACAUGAGAUACCAUACGGGCAGGCCGAGUGCUGGGGCCCAAGUCUUCCAAUUCUGCGCCCCUAGCUCUUUGAGCAUUCGUUUCCGGACCUUGGCUAGUUGCAUGGCCCUUGAGAGACGGGUCCCACGAAUUUCGCGACUCCAGGCGGCCAUAAAUGGUGCGAUUUCUCCCUGUCUUUCAACGACGCGUCUGGCAUAGUAUUGAAGCGGCGCUCUGCACAGAGAGAUGAGCAAGGCCGAGAACACGAUAGUGCCUGUCCAAUUUCCCGUCGCGUUCAUCGAGUGCAGCGAAACUACUACUUGCGAAGUAGCUUCGACGCUGCUGUUGACGAGCCCGCCUAGACUAAAGUCUCUGGCACCGAUUGCUCGUUGAGGUGAUCGUGCCGUCCUCGAGACAAGGUGUGGGCGAAGAGAGGCAGUGAGUGGCCUUGCUGAUGAGAAACCGAUGGAUUGGCGCAGGCCGGGUGUGAUGGCGCAACGCGCCGCUCUCAGGGAAGCCAUGAUGAGAUGCUUAUAUGUUCAUCAGAGGGCAUGAGAAGGUAAACGUUGUUGAAAUCCUUGCGGCGCAAAAUAGUGGCCCGUGAGACAAAUGGUGUGGGCUGGUAAAGGGUCGUCAAAGAGCUGAGGCUAGUUUUUGUCAAUACGUCAG